UAAUGGAUAAAGUGGCUGAUAACUCUUCUGAACGUUUCACCGUAAUAAAAGCAGAUUUUUCUACCAUGUGCCGGUGCUGUUUAGCAACUGAGGGACUACUGGAAAUUUACCGAUCGAACCAAUCUAUCAAUGCAGAAAUAGGGGAACUGAUUGAACCCAAUUACAUUCCAAUCGCACAAAAUGAUAACUUGCCGAACUUCAUCUGUGAAAAUUGUGCAAACUAUUUACGAAAAUGGCACUUAUUUCGAACAAAAUGUUUGGAGUCGUAUCGAUUUCUUGAAGGGUUGAAAAUGGAUAGCCAAAUGGAAAUACUAGAAGAAGCUGAGGAAUUGUGCAUUGGAACGGAUAUUGUCGUCCAAAACGUCCAAACGUUCCAAAACAUUGAACAUAUAUAUAUUGAAACGGAACAAACCGAAUGUGGUGAUUCGGAUGAGGUGAAUGACAGAGAUGACGACGAAUAUGUUAAAAAAGAAAUGCUAGAGCUAGGUCACGAUGGAGUAAUACAAUUUGAACAAGCCAAACAUGAAGACAGCAUCGACACACCGGAUAAGACUACAAUUAAAAAACGGUAUGUUUAUCGCCGACAGUGUCCGAUUUGUGGUUUGGUGCUUCGGCGAGGCCUUAAAGAACAUUUGAUGGUGCACAGCGAUCCCACUGGAAGACCCUUUAAAUGUAACCAAUGCGAUAAAACUUAUUGUCGCAAAGAAAAUCUUCGUCAACACCAAGAACGUGAGCAUUUAAUGAUUCGUUAUCCCUGUGAUGUCUGCGGUAAGGAUUUUAGCACAAAAGACAUUCUUUCAGUCCAUCGGAAACUGCAUAACCGUGAUGUUCAAUAUCGGUGUGAUCAGUGUGAUCAAGUAUUUACUUCCAAUAAGUACCUGUACAAACACAAGCAGAAACAUCUGGGAGUAAAAAAGUUUAUUUGUACUUUCUGUGGGAAAUCCUUUCUUGUGGGCGAAUACCUCAAAGAACACCUGCGUAUUCACACAGGAGAACGACCUUUCAGUUGUAAAAUUUGCACCAAGAAGUUUCGAACCAUGAAUCACUUGCGACAACAUACCCGAACUCAUCGAGCGUCCCAGAGUGAAAAUGUUCCCGGAGAAGAUGCUGGGAGCCGAACAAAUGAGACUAAAUGUACGGAAAAAUCUCAGAUUUAGAAUAGGUUGGUAAUAUAA